GCGCGGGGUGGAAACCAGCGAGCCUCAGUCUGCCCGGAGCGCGGCGCCCGGCCGGGAUGCUGCGGGCAGGAGCGCCUGCCGGGGACUUGCCCUGGGCCGGCGAAGUCCACACCGGGACAACCAUCAUGGCCGUGGAGUUUGACGGGGGUGUUGUGGUGGGUUCAGAUUCCCGGGUGUCUGCGGGGCAGGCGGUGGUGAACCGAGUGUUUGACAAGCUGUCUCCCCUACACCAGCGCAUCUACUGUGCCCUGUCUGGCUCAGCCGCCGACGCCCAGGCCAUAGCCGACAUGGCUGCCUACCAGCUGGAGCUCCACGGGUUGGAACUGGAAGAACCUCCGCUGGUUCUGGCUGCUGCAAACGUGGUGAGGAACAUCACGUACAAGUACCGGGAGGACUUGUCUGCACACCUCAUGGUCGCUGGCUGGGACCAGCGUGAAGGGGGCCAGGUUUAUGGAACUCUAGAAGGAAUGUUGAUCCGACAGCCCUUUGCCAUCGGCGGCUCCGGCAGCACCUACAUCUACGGGUACGUGGAUGCCGCGUACAAGCCAGGCAUGUCGCCCGAGGAGUGCAGGCGCUUCACCACAGACGCGAUCGCUCUGGCCAUGAGCCGGGAUGGCUCCAGUGGGGGUGUCAUCUACCUGGUCACUAUCACAGCUGCUGGCGUGGACCACCGCGUAAUCUUGGGCAAUGAGCUGCCGAAGUUUUACGAUGAGUGAUUCUUUCUCAGACUUGCUUCCUCGUUUUGUAAUAAACUCUCUGAGAACAGAAGCUGGUAUCGUCAAUAACAAUGGGUGCCCUGUUCCUUCUCUCCCAGGCCUAAAACCCCCUCCCAGAGAGAGGUGAUUGGCAUCUGCCAGAGGUAGAAAGGGCCCACCACAUGACAGAUCGCCCUCUACUGGUGAUUGUGAGACAUGACAAACAAUAAAAAGUCCCAUUCUGAUGAGGGUGCGAGUGAGGAGUGCACAAGCCAGCCACACACAAGCAUUGACAACAGCAAACCCACGUGUGAAAGAACUCCUCUCCUGACGCAUUGAUUCACAUCACAGAUCAAUACGUGAAAAGUGC